AUGAGCAUGCCAGGUUCCAUUGAUCCACCAAGUCAAGCUCAAGGUCAAGCUCCCAUCAUCAUGAAUCAGGAAUCAUUAAGAUACCUUGGUGCUGUUAUUGCUGAAAGUGUAACUAAGUCCCAGGAUGUGGUUAAGCCUACUAAGUUCAAGGGUGGAAAUGUUAAGGAUCCAGAGAAAUUGUUUGUCUUCAUUUAUGAGAUGGAAGAGUAUGCCGAAGCAAGGAACAUUAGUCUUGGUGGUAGUGAACUCACACGUCUUUGUGCUAAGUACCUCACUGGGGAGGCCCUCAUCUGGUAUAAGGCAUCUCAAUUUAAAUUUGAUAGAUACCCUUGGGACAAGUUUUGUGAUACGUUGAAAGAUCGCUACCUUGAUGCACGUUUUGAAGCACAGCAGUUGAGAAAUUUAACACAUGGGAUCCAGAAGCGUGAUGUUAAGUCAUAUUCUGAUGAUUUCAUUCAGCGUGCGAGGUAUGUUCGCUCGGAGUGGAAGGACCCAACUCUUUUGAAGGAAUUCUAUUAUAGUGGGUUGAAACCUGAAAUAAAAGCUUCCCUUGUCACUGAAGCUGCUGAUGAUAGAUAUGGUUUGGAUGAUCUUAUGUUAAAGGCUCAACAAAUAGAUGAAAUUAGAUACAAGGAAGGUAGAAGAAACCAUAGUCCAUCUCACAAGGAUAAGUAUCAAUUUAGAAGUAACUUCAAAGGUGGUAAUCGUUCGGGUGGUGAAGAAAGAGGCGUUGAUGCAGAUGGUGAUAUUAUAAUGGCCAACCUGAUGCAAUCCAAGAAAUUGAGUUGGACUGAACGGAAAUUUUUAAAACAGAAUAAUGCCUGUUGUACUUGUUAUCGUGUUGGAUAUAAGUCCUUUGAUUGCCCAUAUCGUAAGGACAACAAGAAAAAUCCACCAAAA